UUCUAAAAUGGCAACACCAGUCUGUGGCUGACAGUCAAGCGCGUUUUGGAUCUUUGAACGCUAAAAAUUGUGAUGUAAAAACGAGAAAAAUAAAUGUUUACUGGCCAUCAUGGCGAAUCCAAGAAAAUUUAGUGAAAAAAUUGCCCUCCACCAUCAAAAACAAGCAGAGGAAACAGCUGCUUUUGAACAGAUUAUGCGCGAAGUUUCCGACGCAACCCAAAGGGUUAAUUCAAGUAAGGUAGCAAGAGUGAAACCGCCCCCCGAGCCUAAUGAUAAUGUUGAGACUUCACUCCGGCCCGCACAGCAAGGCUUGGGCACGUUCCGCAGUGGCUCCCUGCCAAAUGUGGCUGCACCACAAGCUAGCGCCAAUGAGCAGGAAACUAUUAAGCCGGAAGAAUUACCGCUAUCGAACCAGUAUGCUAUGGCCGGGGGCCGGAGCGGCGGCACGUCGCCGUCUCGCUCGCCGGCCGGCCAGCGCGGCCGUGCCUCCUCGUCGGUCGGGCCCAUGCGCCGCCCGGCAGACCGGAGGCACGACACCAGCCCCUAUGGCAGCACUGUAUACUUGAGUCCGCCGCCGGACAGUAACUGGCGGCGGACGAACUCAGACUCGGCGCUGCACCAGUCGUGCGGCGUGGAACAACAGACGACGGCUCAGCCGCUGUCGCCGCACCGGACCAUGCACUCGCACGCGCACCCACAUCUGCAUCCUCACCAGAACCAUCACAGAAGAGGUGACAUCCAUUUAGAUGUGUUAGCGCCAAUGAACCCAGCAAAUCGACCAAGAUCGUCAUGUGAAAUACCCAGAAUACCUAACAAUAAUAACACGUAUGACUGUUUCGACAGCGUAUACGCGGGCGGGGAGGGCGGCGGGGGGCUGGGGGGUGAGAUGGCGGUCCCGGGCGGGUCGCUGCCCGACCUGACGUCGGUGCACUUCCCGCCGCCGCACUACGCGCCGCACUCGCAGCACGCGCCGCACGCUCACCCCGCGCACCGCGCCUCGCCCGACUACCAGCCCAGAUACUCGCCGACAUCGCCGGGCGCCGUGUCGCCGGGCGGCGGCAGCGUGUCGCCGGCGACCGGCGGCCUGUCGCCGGCGUCCGGCUCCCCCGUCGGGGCGACAGUGCCUCUGCAUCAGCAACACCACGACACAUUGCCGCAGAUGUAUGACGCACAGAAUCACUUAUCUGUACCAAACACAAAUAAUUAUCUUCAUCAUAAUAAGAAUAUGUCGCCUCUGGACCACGGGUGGAUACCCUCCGGCUACCAGACGCAUUGUAGUCCGCCCUCACAAUAUUCCUCAACGUCGAAUAUUAACAUACCUUCACCAACGAUGGUGCACAGUCCAGGGAGUCCGGUGGAGUCACCGCAAACAGACUACAAUAAUUUACAUCAAGCGUUACUACAACCUUUCGAGCAAAUCACAAUGGAUUGGGCGCAGCUGGUGCAGAGCCUCGUGGAGUCAGGCUGGACCGCGCACGUACAAGUGGCGGAAAAUUUGGACAACCCGGUGUCGAGCUACAAUACGACGUACCUCAACCACGGGUCACCGCAUUCGCCGCAGACGACGAAUUCGUCGUUAUCAUAUCCCCAGUCGACGGCGACGAGCUGCGGCAGCGGGUCGGGCGCGAUGGGCUGCGCGCGGCACGGCUCGCGCGACCCGGUGGCGGGCGGCGGCGGCUUCGCGGCGCUGCAGCCGCUCGCCUCGCCCUCCGCGCCGCCCACGCCCGCCACGCCCGCCUCCAUACCCGACAUCGUGCUCACAGACUACUCGGGCGAGCUGGACGCGGGCAUGUUCGGCGGCGAGGAGGCGCAGCUGCGCGCGGGGCUGGACCUCGACGACCUCAACCUGCUGGACGACCCCACCGCGCUCGUGCCCGACUCCGCCGUCGAGCACGAGUUCCGCCUCGACCGCUUGUAGUACCCGCCACAUUCCCCCACACCGAGUACCGACAACCAAUCAGAAGUUCCCACUGUAACUUAAAUUUCGAACUGACAAAUGCGUAGGACAGUCGUGGGCUAAACCCAGGGGCUCAAUUCUGCUAAUUUUACUUAAGCAAGGCAGACCAAUGGCAAACCAAUGAAUGUCUUACCAAAUAGUAGAAUGCCCCAUAAGGUUAAUACUGCUAUUGAGAUUCAAUUGUUACACACACAGAUUCAAUUAUUGUCACAUUAUUAAUUUAGCGGAAUCAAGCCCCGGCAGAGUAUUCUUAAUAAGCUGGCUGUAAAACACCAGCCUAUCAAUAUAGGAGUUUUUUUGUGAAAGUGGGUCAUAUUUGUGAUUGGUUGUUAGUACAAAUAUCUGGAUUUUAUAGUCACUGUAUAAGCCCGGGCGGUUAGAGCUUACCAGUAAACCCUUUCGAAUACUAUGCAGUGUACGGAUAUGCUUAAUUUUACCAGAAAAUGUUGUUUUUGUUCGAAAAAGUUCUAAAUAAACCAUGAAAGGUUUUCAGAUUUUACUUUAUGGAGUUGGUAAAUCUUAGGUUUUACUGGAAAAUCUUAUGACUGACCGUUGUUCGGGCUUUUACAGUAACACCAUCACCACUGUUCUACAGGGUGAUUUGUACAUAAAAUAAAGAAAACUAAAAGUGUUCACUUCGAUAAAAUUGCAUUUAAAUCGCUAAUGUUGCAUGCUAGUAUAACUACCAGUCCUCGGUUGCAUUAACGAAUUAUUAAAUGGAUUAAAGUCAACUUCGAAGCACCAUUAUUAUAAUUCUGUCAGACAUUUUUAGCGUCAUUCAGGGAUUGCUCAAGCGUUGACUGAAUUUUAAAGUUAACCGCAGACGUCCAAAUGGUUGACAUGUGUCGUUCCAUUACAAGUGUGUGUCAAUUACAGUGACACACGGCGGUGUUUCUACGUUAUGUAGCAUGUGUACAUUGUGUCUCAAUGUCCCAAUUCCUUUUUGAAUAUAGUUGUUUAGUGUAAACAGUCUUUAGGCCAUUGUAAAUAUGAGGGAUGCUGUUUAAGAGGUUUUUAAUAAGCUUUUGUCGCAAACAUAUCUAUGUAUGUGCGUAUGUAUGGUUGCGCGGCUCGAAUUGUAUACAUCGAUUAAUUAAGAUCGAUUAUUUUUUAUUUUUUUAAGUACACCUUUCGUCUUAAUGUGUGUGGGUAAAGUGGUCGCACUCGAUACCUAACUGAAGAGGAACGAUUUAGUUUACAAGGUCAUUGCUGUUAACCUAUAUCACUUUCUAAAUCUCUUGUUUAGAAAGUGACGAGUAGAUAUUGAUAAUAGAUCUUUGUAAAGUAUUUUUUUCCUAUUUAUUAGGUAUUGAGUGUAUUUUUAAUUGUAUGUAAUAACCUUGUUUGUAAUAUGACAUAUCGCUGGCGGUCAUAAAGACAACGUGUGUAAAUAUGGCGCAGUUGAAGCCAGCGACUUCCUGAGGCGGGACGCUUGCGAUACCUAGAUUGUUUCCGACAGAUACUCGAUGCUAGAUCAUAUCCUUGUUCUCUGUUUUACAACAGUAACUAUCUGAAGUUAAACUUUAAAUAGUUAUUAAGUUUCGAUAUAUUUUAGUUGUUAAUACACUUUGCACUCGUAACAUUAAUUAUGUUUAUGUUUUCUCUCUUGUAAUGUUAUGUGAAUUUAUAGUUGUAUAGUUUUUGUAAUAAAUGUAUGACAUAUAAAUUAUUUUUAAUACGACCGCGCGGUUAAUGUGACGAGUGCACUGACAUACAAGUAGACAUUUGUGUUUUUCUGUUUUGUAAAUGCUCAUUAUAUUAUGUUUUAAGAGUCUAGUCAUCAAAUUAUGUUCAGGAAGUUUUAACAGUUUUCAUACUAUUCAACUGAUUUAUAAUGUACAGAUUUCAUUCCAUUACAAUAAUGAGGCAAUUUGAAUACAAUGAUUUGUUAUAAUGUAGAAGACCCGAAGUCUCCGCGGCUAUUUGAUAUCUGCUCGUUUACAAAAGUCAUAUCUAUUGCGACAUAUGUAUUGUAUAUCUUUGUGUUGUGUACAGUGUACGCAGGUUUACGACUGUUCGUGUUGUUAUGGUUUUAAAGUUUUAUUUAAAAUUCCGCCAUAGAGGUAUGUGCUGUAUGACAGAUGAUAUACUUGUACUGUAUAAAUAGUUAAUGUACGAUAAUUGUGAUAAAGUAAAAAGCACAACAUAAUUCAUUGUGAAGCCUAAUCUGACGUUAAAAUAAGUUUCUUUUUUCUUAUUAAAGUUUAAAUAGUGUUUUCUAAAUUUUAGAUACAUUAUGUACAUGUUAUAUAAGCUAGUGUCUGCCAAAUGCAGAAGAUUACGAAUAUCGGUCGGGUUUGAUUUUGAGUCCGAGUCAGGUGCAAUAUCGUGUAUGUUGGGAUGUUUCGACCUCGUCAUGACACUCUUGUUUGAAUAUACGUUCAUAUAUUGUUUAGUUGUUCAAUUCGAAAAGUACAAAGUCAAAAUUGUGAAUGUUAAGUUGCGACUGUGCGUGAAGAUGCGGAGUGUGUGUGGCCGCUCUCGGCUGCCGCGCCGCAUUCCAAAAGUACUCAUAGUUAUAAAACCUGUUGGAUUUUUUUACCUUUUGCAUUUUGGACUUAAGUUAUAAAUAGUAAUAGGAUAAUUGUAUGUGCAGUUAUGAGAAGCUUUCGAUGCCCUCGGAAGCGACGAGACACCAUUCUGUGUGAUCGAGUAUUUCUACAAUUCUUAAAUCUAUGGAUUCAUACGACAUUUAAUUAUAGGACAUAUGUUUUUUCUCAAAUAUGCACAAACUUAAUGAAGAUUUUGCGGUAAAAUGUUUCAAAGGUUUGUUUUAUUUAAACCAAAUGUACAUAAGUGUGAUAGAGAUGAAACGGUCUCAUUUAAAAAUAAAGUUGUUGUAAGUA